GAAGUCGCCAUGCGCAAUCUACGGACUGUCCGGAACACCGUCCGCAAGUUCCCAGAGGAUAGCCUUCCCUUGACGGCGACCGCAUGGGAUACGGCAACCGACUCGCUAAUCUGCACAUUUGGACCAUCCGAGUCAAGUGCUGUCAUCGAACUCAAACGCCUCGUUGAAGGAGGCAGCAAUUCUGAGGAUGCCUUCUCCACCAUUGCUUCGUGGGAUGCACCUUGUCCUCUCCCGGAUCUGGCCUGCGACAAGGUUCUGAGCCUGCAGUAUUUCCCGGACACCUUGACAUCAUGCCUCAUCCUUGCCGGUGGCGAUAUCGUGAUUGUCAGAGAGGAGCCGUUGCCGGGAGAGGACCUCAUUGAGAUUGUUGGCUCCGUCGAUGCGGGCAUUUCAGCAGCGGCGUGGUCGCCGGACGAAGAGCUUCUGGCGAUCAGCACCCGUGCCAACACCCUGCUUUACAUGACCCGGGAGUUUGAGAAUGUCACAAGCAUCACUCUUACUCCUGAAGAUAUCAAGGCCUCCAAUCAUGUUUCAGUUGGAUGGGGUAAGAGAGAAACGCAGUUUCAAGGGAAAAGAGCCAAGGCACUCCGGGAUCCUACUGUACCGGAGAAAGUUGAUGAAGGUCUUUUAAGCUCUCUCGAUGAUGCUAAGGUCACUAUCACUUGGAGAGGCGACGGUGCUUAUCUGGCAGUGAACUCUAUUGAGGGCGAGAAGCGCCGCAUGAUCCGAGUCUAUUCAAGAGAAGGAGUGUUGGACAGUGUAAGCGAGCCCGUGGAUUAUCUCGAGGGUGCCUUGAGCUGGCGACCUGCCGGAAACCUCAUUGCAGGAAUCCAACGCUUGGAUGACCGUAUUGAUGUUGUCUUUUUCGAGCGCAAUGGCCUUCGUCAUGGACAGUUCAGUCUGCGUUUGACCCCCGAGGAGAUGGCAGCGUGGGGAAGUAACAUAAGCCUUGCAUGGAACAGCGAUUCGACUGUACUUGCUGUAUCCUUCAAAGACCGUGUACAGCUCUGGACGAUGGGUAAUUAUCACUAUUACCUAAAGCAGGAGAUCAGCUGCACCAAUGAUCAAAUUGCGAGCUCUCCCGUCGAAGCCAGAUGGAACCCUGAGAAGGCAUUGCGCCUUUCUGUGGCUUGCCCUAAUAUAUCCGAGAACCUCGAGUUUGUCUUUUCUGUCGCGAGUUGUUCGAGCGUGCAACCUCAUGACUUUGGCACUGUUGCUGUUGUCGACGGCAGGGCACUCAAGGUGACACCGUUGAGACUCACUAAUAUACCGCCGCCCAUGUCUCGGCAUGAAGUGUGCUUGGAGAGCAAUGCUAUUGAUGUAGCUACCAACGCAUCCAGCACACGUAUUGCUGUCUUGCACGAUAACGAGGUUUCUCUCUACAGCUAUAACAUUUCCGAGAAAUUCCCGGCGGAUCCCGUCAUGGAGAAACGUGAGCCUUUGCAAGUUCCCGGCGCCCGACCUCGCCAGAUUGCCUUCCGGGGUGAGUCGGAAAUAUUCGUUCUCUUGGAUGAAGAAGACACGGGAGAGAGCGUGCUUUGCCACAAAGAGCUUGAGCAACCAGAGUUCUCCAUCUUACCUUUGUCGCGCCGGGCACAAAGUCUUGUCACGUCUGUCGACUACAAUAAAGUAUGCAUUCAAUAUGCAGACGCGUCCGUGGCCCCGAUAUCGCAGGAUGCCUCUGUGGAGGAGACGUCAAUUUGCAAAUUCCCUACCAGGGUUGCAUGGGCUGAAGUGGUGCACCAUGCUGAGGAGGAUAUUGCUGUUGGGCUAACUAGCAACGGUACUUUGUACGCCAAUGGAAGACUGCUUGCAAAGAGCUGCACGUCCUUCCGAGUUACUCUUGCUCAUAUCAUCUUCACAACCACCCAGCAUCUUCUCAAGUUUGUACACUUGGCCCCAGUUGACGAACUCGAGGUCCCACUUGAUGAGCCGGAAAGAGACGAAAGGUGCCGUGCAAUUGAAAGAGGUGCUCGCUUAGUUACUGUUAUGCCAUCAUCGUUCUCGGUGGUGCUGCAGAUGCCGAGAGGUAACUUGGAGACAAUCUUUCCCCGGGCAAUGGUCGUUGCGGGCAUUCGAAAGAACAUUGCAGACAAAAAGUACAAGGCUGCAUUCAUGGCCUGCCGUAACCAGCGUGUGGAUAUGAACAUUAUUCACGACCACAUGCCAGAGCAGUUCAUGGCCAGUAUUCAGCUUUUCAUUGAUCAGCUGAAGAAGGCGGCACACAUUGACUUGUUCCUUUCCCAACUCAGGAAUGAGGACGUCACGCAGACCAUGUACAAGGAAACCGUCAAAAACACGGUAGCAGGAACUGCAACUGCUACAGCUGCGCAUGCCAGCGGGACUGUGGCAUCUUCCUCUUCUUUUGACGUAUCUACCAAGGUUAACCGCAUAUGUGGCGGUUUCUUAGAGGUCCUGCACAAACGGACAGAGGCGAAUUUGCAGAACAUCGUCACGGCUCAUGUCUGCAAAUCCCCGCCAGAUCUCGAGGGCGGCUUACAGGUUGUUGCUAAGGCCAAGGCGCAAGAUGAUGGCCUUGCAGAAAAAGCUGCAGAGCACAUUUGCUUCCUUGCCGAUGUCAACCAACUUUAUGACACUGCACUUGGUCUGUACAACCUUGAGGUUGCGUUGCUCGUUGCCCAGCAAUCGCAAAAGGAUCCCAGAGAGUACUUGCCGUAUGUCCAGGGGCUCGGAGAGAUGUCUCAACUUCGGCGCCAGUUCACAAUCGAUGACAACCUCGGUCGCCGCUCAAAGGCUCUCAAACAUUUGCAUGAGUUGGAUACCUUCGAUGAGCUUAACUUAUACACCGAGAAGCAUGAAUUGUACAGCGAUGCCAUCGCCCUGCACAAAUACCAGCCGGAACGUCUUAGGGAAACCAUGGCACUAUAUGCCGCUUACCUCAACAGCCGCAACCGAUUCCGCGAAGCCGGUAUCGCAUUCGAGUAUCUCUCGGAUUAUACGUCUGCCACCGAGGCCUACCGCGCAGCCAACAUGUGGCGCGAGGCACUGUUCUCGGCUACCAGCGUUCCUCUACCGGAAACGGAAAUCACGUCGCUGGCGGAAGCACUUGCAGAUACACUCACUGAGACGAAGGACUUCUACGCCGCAGCCACGAUUCAUCUCGACUACCUUAACGAUCUGGAAGCAGCCACGCGCGUCUUCUGCAAGGGCUACUUCUUCGCGGAAGCACUGCGCGUCGUGGGGCUGCGGCGACGCCUUGAGCUGGUUGAAUCGGUCAUCGACCCUGGGCUCAUUGAAGGCUCGGCGGCCAUGACCGAGAUGCUGGCCGAGUGCAAGGGACAGCUCGGAGCACAGGUGCCGAGACUGCGCGAGCUGCGGCAGAAGAAGGCCGAGGACCCGCUGGCAUUCUACGAGGGAGCCGGCGGCGGCGAGGGCGGCGACAUCCCCGACAACGUCUCGGUCGCGGCGACGGACACGACGAGCGGGGGCACGUUCAUGACGAGGUACACGAACCGGACGGGCACGGUGAACACGACGAGCACGAGGCGCACGAGCAAGAACAGGCGGCGAGAGGAGCGCAAGCGGGCGCGCGGCAAGAAGGGCAGCGUCUACGAGGAGGAGUACCUAGUCAGCUCGAUCGGGCGGCUGAUCGAGCGGGUGAACCAGAUCAACGAGGAGGUGGCGCGCCUGGUCGAGGGCCUGAUGAGGCGGGGCAUGAGGGAGCGGGCCGCGGCUGUGGAGGCCAUUAUGGCGGACGUGGUCGAGGCGGCCACGAGCAGCGUCGAGGAGGUCUUCCAGGUGGAGAAGACGCAGCAGCAGCAGCCGACGACGCAGGGCGAAGGUGCCGAGGGUGAGGCUGGCUUGGGCGAGAGGCCCGCAGGCGCUGACGGCGUGCUCUGGGACAGCAUGCAGGCGGAGCUCCGCAAGAAGGAGGCGCCGGUGGUGAAACGCUUCGAGAAGCUGAGCCUGGUGGGUUGAGGGCCGGCCGAAAGACGGGAAGGCCGGGCAGAUCCGAGCCAGGGCGCAGCGAGCAAUUCAAAAAGGGUCUUGAAAUAGAACAGAGGUUGGUCUCGCUGCUGUGACCGUGUCUUGGUUGAGUAGCGUCGUUAUUUCCACAACCUCCUUUCCUUGCAUCUAUUCGUAAUUUCCACGUGCAGGGCGACUGAUAGGACCGGCCGGAAGGGUGUAGUCGAGUAGACCGUAAUCACGACCAAUGACGACCAGGAGAAUGCGGUGCUGUAGUGCCUAUUAUAUCUAG